CCUGGUGCUGUAAUCAAGUUGAACCAGUUCAAGCAGGAAGGAUAUACAGAUUUCAUUGCGCUGAACCCAGACAAUGGAUCUUGGAAUGUGAUUCAAUCAGAAUUUGAUGAUCUGCUGUUGAACCAUGCUUCAAAGUGUGGUACAACUGUGUGUGAUGAAAUGAAAGUCACUGAACUUCAAUUCGAGGGUGAGAGACCUGUUUCAGCUAUGUGGAGGAACAUGAGGACUGGAAUCAAGAGCCAUAUGUUCUUCAACUACCUGGUUGAUGUGUCAGGAUGGAACAGGAUCAUGUCUACAAAGUAUCUCAUAUCGAAAAGACUAAGC